AUGGAUUCGGACGACUCUAUCUUGCACUUCACCGGCAGUAGCGACCCUAUUGGCGGCUCUGACGACUUGUCCUCACAGUUGUUCUUUCAAAGUCACACUUCAUCAACGAGAUACUCCUCGCCUUAUCACUACCGCGAAGAAGACCUUCAAGAACCGGUGUUCCGUUCAGAACAUGUGCGGUAUCAGACACCUCCCCCUCAACGCUCCGGCUACAGCCAGAUCCCUCCCCGUCCACUUGGGGCUGCGCAACAGCUCUCUCAUUUGCAACACCGCUAUCAGGUGCUGCGAAAGCAAUUCGACAUCCUUCAGGCGGAGCAUCAGCGAAUGGAAGUCGAGUUGGAUACCACCAAGACAAACUACACGGGUCUGCUAGACGCGCUUCGGGCGGGCGGCGUGGUCACGGCCGGGGGUGGCGCUGGGUCACGGCCAGUUACUCGGCCUCCACUCAAGGACAGCGACUUUCCUGAAGUCACGACAUGGUACCCCCACCAGUGGCACAAGAUCCGCAAGACUCUCUCCACCGUCACGGACCCCCUUGCCGACCUUGCUGUCGACGCCACCAGCCCGAGUCAAGGUGACUCCGUCAAGUCAAAACGAGGCGGUGCACGCGCUGCGAAGGGAAUCAACGUCACAAUGAGGUUCGUGCAAGAUAGUGACGGCGAGGUUGUCGAUGGGUAUCGGGCAAAGGCCAUGCGCAACCGCGCUCGUGCAAUCUGGUCGCGCUUUCGCGAAGGCGGUCGCACUAUGCCUGCCACAUGGGGUGGAGCCCGUGCCACUGUCAGGACCGACUACGCCAAUGAGAUGGAAGAGGCGUUCCCGGAGCUCCGAUACGGGGCUGACCAGUGGAAAGCACACGCAAUCGCGACUCUCACAUAUCCCAACUGGCACAAGCGCGGCGAUGUCGAUUCAGAUGACGAAGAUUCCGACGAUGAGCAAGAGACGACCGCCUCGCGCAAACGACGUGCCCCUCAGCCGAAGCCCGCACGUCCCUCCAAGAUUAGUCGCAAGAAGCCGUCGACUCCCCCAUCCGGAACAGAUGCGCAGACCAUAGAUCUUACUCGGACGCCUGCCCCGGCUCCCAGAUCUCCCCUCAUCAUUGAGAGUGCACUUGGAGCCAAUCUAUUUGAACGCUGUAUACGUAUGAGCACACCACCGUCGCCUAAUGUACCAGCCUCCACGUCCAUCCCUGAUGCCCUCUUCGGUGGCUCGUCCAGCAUGCCAGGCGUCGCGGGGGCUGCUUCUGGACUGCACGGAUCGUCUUCAUAUACGCCACCUACUGACCCAUCAGCCAUGCAAGCACCUUCCACGGCCGAGCCUGACACGUCCGAACCGGCAUCCGUGCCGCAGGCAACACCCCCACCAACCUCGGUGCCCAGCGUUGCUGAAGGACACCAGUCCAUCACAGAGUCGGCUAGCAACGAGCCCCCUACGUCGCCGCCAUCGCUCUUGGGUUCCAUGCCUCCGCUUUUCAACUUUGCGGCGUCCGCACCCAUCGCUCCACAGGGUGGCGCAUCGGGGCACCUCCCUCCUACGUUUGGCACGUUGCACCCCUCACUACAGUCCCUUUCCACGGCGGCGCAAAUCGCAAUGGAUGGUUCUCAGCCACUUGACAGCUCGGUGACGACUUCGAAGGCUAUAACCUCACCGGCCUCUGGGGCCGUCAUUUCGAAGAAGAAAGUGAAGAUGUCCGCCCUCUCGUCAUUGAUGACCAUCUCGUCACUGCCCG